GACACGUUGGUGCCCGGUGCGAUCCAUAAUUCAAGUUCACAUUAUUUUAAAAUCCAUUUAAAUAAUCGUUAUCAGUGACGUAAAAGUUAACCGACAUAUUUCAAUUUAUCAGAACAUAGUUUAUAAAACAAGUUUAAUAUUAUAGUUUAAAUAUCCUGUUGGAAGUAUUCAGCGAGUUCCUAGUAGCGUUAAGAGGAAAAGUGGAAUAUAGUGAUCCGGAGCUAUAUUUAUUCGGUUAUUAAUAUAAUUAUUAAUACAAAACCUGUAGUUAGUUUUAACUGGACAUUUUAAUUAACGACGCGGUGCCGGCUACAACAUCAUCCAACAUGUUGCUCUCAGCUUUUGUAAUAUCACUAGCAAUGAUUACGCCGGGGUAUGUCUACUGCAUUGAAGACCCUUUGGAAACUGAUAAGCUUUCCAUAACAUCGGAGCUUUCAACGGAACGUUGUGUAACAAUUACCCCGAACCUAGCAAUGAAAAUAAAUUCUUGUAGAGUCUGCGAAAAUCUGGGAUACACAAAAACAUCGACGCCAAGAUCAACGCCAGCGGAAACAACUAUCACAUCUUCGCCAUCUACAACGUUGUCAUCAACGCCAACGGAAACAACAUUGACGUCGCCUACAACAUCAUCAUCAACGCCAGCGGAAACAACUAUCACAUCUUCGCCAUCUACAACGUUGUCAUCAACGCCAACGGAAAGAACAUUGACGUCACCUACAACAUCAUCGUGAGUAUUUUUUAUACCUCAUUAUUCAAGCUUGCAGC